UUUAAAAACUAUGCCACUUGAAAGCAACAACAAUAGGACCAUUAGAAGAUGUCAUCGUGCGUGCAAAAAACAAAAGCGGACUUAAAGAGAUAAAAUAGCGCACUGCACCCGUUUCUUAGCAUCCUAUCUCUGCCCAUUGUACCUGCAGUUACCAUCCGGCACUCUUUAGAAAUGGUCGUCUUCUACCUUUUAUUACUACCCUGUGUGACCCUUGCACAUUCCGGAGCAUAUUCAUCCCCGCAAUAUGCCAAGAAAAUGUACCCGAAGAAUUUUGAUACCAGCGCUUUCCUUCCUAAGGAUAAUCCUGCACAUUUUAAGAGUGAAUGGAUUGACCGAUUCGACAAUAGCUUGAACGAUACUUCGCAAUAUGGCAGGGCUUCGUUCUUGGAUACAGCAGGGAGUUUCCUCAGUGGUGCCGGAAGCCAAGUUAUGUCGAGCCUGGCGAAGGAUUUCAUAGCGAGGUCCACAGGGAGCAGUCAGGUUGGUUUUGACUGCAUUUCGCAGGUACUCAGCUUAAACCUGACAAAUCUGGUGAUUCUGAUAGUCUUGAAGGCCCUGGUACUUGCCGCAGGAUUUUUCGGAGCUGGCGCUUGGAAAGGACACCAUUAUGGAAGGAGUUUAGAAGAUAACAAGAACGCGUCAUACAUAACAGAAGAUGAAAUACUGUUAUAUCUGAGUUAUCUCGUGGGGCAGCAGACGCAAGACUACGGCUGCCUGUACCGUCUGGCUUGCCAGAAACCGCACCAGGCCGCCAUAUAUGCGUCGGGGGCGGAACUUAUUUUGCAGGGAACGAAACUGGUACAAGGGAACAGUAUCGAUUUGGAACCAUACGAGAACGUAUCGCGCGGCAUCCAGGUGGCCACGGCGCGGGGCGAGCAGGGCAAGCCUUGCGAUAAGAUAUACCAAUGUACUUAGUUCUAUAGAAGAUUCCAUAGAAUCGCGGCCCUGGAAUUGUUUAAUGCUUUAUGUUGAUAUGGAUGUCAUAUUUAGAUGUAGGUUAUUAUCGAUUUGAGCAUUUGGUCAUAUGCCGUAAGAUGAUAUGUAAGAAAAGCAUUAAACUCGAGUAUCAAAUUGAGUGUGUGAAUUUAAUUAUUUCUCAAAACAAUAUAGCCAUGCUACAUAUAAGUGAAAUUAUUUAUAACAUGCCCAAAAAUUCAGAUUAAUUAUUAUAUUCAUUUUGUAAUCUUUUUCUAAUAUUUGUACUAUCAAUUAUGAUGCAGAUUUCUUGACAUAUAGAAUUUAUAUAAUCCUAU